UGCACAGACGGGACAAGGAGAACACUUUCAGCGCUGCUUAUUUGUCAAAGCCCCUAAAAAAUAACCUGAAGUGAAAAUGGUAAAGUACAUGCGACAGCACAGCGAGCUGAAACCCGAAGAGGUCCUGUCGGAGUCUGACGCGUCCAUGGACCAGCAGGAUUUCGGAGAGAUGUCCGACUAUUCUUUCAGCGACGUUUUAUACUCCAAAUGUUCCGCAAUGGACCAAAUCGGCACUUUUAUGAAGAACGUGCAAGUGCUGCUUGAUGCGGCAAAUUACAUAGAAAAUAUCGAGAAGAACAGCGGAAAAUGUGAGCACGGCUAUGCUUCCACAUAUCCUGCAGGCCAGGCUGCACAUCAACAGAAACAACGUAAAUUCAAGAACAGGAAAUUGGACAAUAUUCACAAUAGGUCAGCACACAAUGAACUGGAAAAAAAUAGAAGAGCACAUCUCCGCCUGUGUUUGGAGAGAUUGAAGUCAUUGAUCCCUUUGGGACCAGACUGCAGUCGGCACACCACGCUGGGACUGCUCAACAAGGCCAAAGCACAUAUCAAGAAACUUGAAGAAAUGGAUCGAAGGAGUCAGCACCAGCUGGAGACCUUAGAGAGGGAGCAGAGACACCUUCAGAGGCAGCUAGCCCAGCUGCAGACUCAUGGAGAGAGGGAGCGGGUCCGUAUGGACAGCCUGGGCUCCCGUACAGAGUCUGAGCGCUCAGAGUCUGACAGAGAGGAAAUUGAAGUUGACGUGGAAAGCACUGAGUUCUCCCAUGGAGAAAUGGACAGUGUAAGCACCAGUGGUGCGAGUGACCUGGAUGACCACAGCAGCCGGCAGAGCUCAGCCAGUGAUGAGGGCUACUCCACCUGCAGCCUAAAACUGGCCUUCUCUGCUUAAAAACCACCAGCCUAUACUUCACUUCAGCUGCAGUCUCUUAUGGCUUUCACCUUUCAAAAAUACCAGCCUACAGUUCCAUUCUCCCCCACAGUUUAGCUUUACCAUCUUCAGAAGAACCAGCCUCAAUCCCACAUGUAUCUGUCAAAUCAAAGGUCUACUCCAACCCAGGAACCAGCCUUAAGUUUCACUCAGUCAAAAAGUUAUAAAUCUCUCCUUCCACGAGCCGCAUGGCUCCAAUACAUCAUUCAACUCUACAGCCUCAAAUUCUCUGGCAAUAUACGGUUUCCUAACUAUCAAAGCUGACUUAAUCAAUCACCUGAAUGUCCCUUAGCCCAUUACCAGCUUGAUCUGAUGUACAUGCGCUCAGUAUUGAUCCUGUAGAGGACUUGUGAUUGCAGCAGUGUCCAACACUAAAGGGGGAAAGUCCACCUUUAGUCAAGUUAAUUCUUUGAAACCAGCAAAAACACCCAAUACCAGCUAGAAGCUCACCAUUGGGAGGGUUUGCUACAUUUGCCUUGUAAAAACAUUGCCCUUUCUCCUUUGGAUGAUACAUUGAGAUGAAACUUUGUCAGUGUGCAAGCCAGUGGCAAGGGCUACGAUGUCUGCAUUCCAAAAUGUUUGAGUACACUGCUGUCACUCUGCUUUAGGACCCACAACCAUCGAUGAUUAAGGUGGUGUCCCCUUCUCUUGACUGAAAAGUCAAAUCCAAACUUGUUCUAAUUUAUUUUGCAUAUGAUUAUAGUAUUUAUUUUUGUUAUAUUUAAUUUUACUGUAGCUAGGUUUUGGUCAUGCUUGAAUGAAAAUAAAAAAUUUCAUUUUUUUUAUAUAAAUGUUUACUAAAUUACUUGAUAUGAAAUUAAUCCCCACUGCUACAAUAUUGUUUUCUUAUGAUGUUUUGUUGAAAGACCAACAAAUCUCUUUCACACUCCAUGCAGUUUCCAUUUCAUUUAAACAGUAAUAAGCUAUCCUGAUCUUGUCCAAGCACAAGGCUCAAGCAAUAACACAUCUAGUUUUAUUCUAUCUUCAAUGUUGGCUGUGUUUAGCACACUAUUCUGUCCGUCCAACACCAAAUUGCUGUUUUGCUAAUUUUCCACUUGCUCCAGUAGUUAUGAAUAAUAAGCCACGUGAAAAUGAUUGUAAUUGAGUUUUUUUAAAAAAAGCUAUGGUGCAUGUGUGUUGAAUGUAGCUUGUCUAAUCAUGUUGUAAUGUGCUUUGGAUUGACAAGUCUUAAAAAUGUCUGUAGCAUGAACAACAUAAUCACUACAGAACACUAAUUUUGGUUUAUACUUCAAUGUUUAAUACUGUAUACUUUUGUAUCGUAGCAGAAAGAGUACAAGUUCAGAUCCUUGAAAUUUGAAGACUUUCACUUCCCAUAUGAAACUCAAUGUAUAUUUGACACACAGAAUUGCACUGGUGACCUGUUGAAAUCAACUGAAACCAAAUAAGACAUUUUAAUAUGACCAUUUAUCAGCAUUUUCUGGCCCUAAUCCUAAGUAAUCACCACCAAAUUGUGUCUUAACAUGGGUAUAUGACUCUUGCACAAGUUCCUUGCUAAAGGUCUUUUCACUCCCCAACCUCUUUUGGGAAACUAUUAAAUGCACUAUGAAAAAGACUUUAACGGAAGUAUGUCAAAGCACACCCCAGAAUGUUCUCUCUUGUGCUUAAUCAGCCAUUAAAGGUGACUUUUUUGCAUAACAUGUGCUGCUGGUCCCCCGCUAGUACUUUGUUACAGCUCCUGAUGACUGUCCCUGGAAUCUUAAUAAACCUCUUCCACCCAGACAUAAACCAGUGUU